AUGAGGUCCCAUCCAGGCACCACGAUGCUGCUGCCCAUCGCCCUCUGCCUCGGUUUGGUCCCUGUGUGUUUCGGGGCGGCAAUUCCAAUUUCAUGUGCUUCCAUCUACAAGAGUUUUGCCCAGUGUUUACUCACACUCGGGGACAGUUUGGUGGACACACAAAAAGACCAGAGCACACAGGACAUCGAUGCAAUCUGCAGGUCCUGGAAUGCGUUCCACGAUUGUGCAAACUCAGCCCUGGCUGGCUGUCCCGGAGAAGCAGCCGCUGUCUGGGAGUCUCUAAGACAAGAGUCCAGGAAGACAGAGUUCUCUGGAAACCUCUACGACAUGUGCGCCAGUCGCACGACCCUCCCACCCAGCACUGUGCCUGCACCCCAGAGCCCCCCCACCUCCGACCAGGCUAACAAGGAGACACUGAAAGGCCGAACACACAAACACAGCCCCACCCUCAGCACGCUGCUGUUCCCUGUAUGCAGCACGCUACUUGUUCUGCUCAGGAGUUAG